AUGCCAAGUCUUCAUAGCUUUUGCACAGAAGAAGAGGUGAGACCGAGUCAACUCAGUGAUGAUACUGAGUCGGAUGUUUCUUCUUCUUCCUCUGGAAAGAGAAAUGGGUUGAGAGAGGAGAAGCAUCCGACUAUGGAUGACGAUCAGAAGCUUGCUUUCACCGGCUGCUCUGAUGAGAGCGAGACCGAGCCGUCGAGGAAUAUCAUUAACCUGACACGGAAACGAUCCAAGCGAACUCGGAAGCUAGAGUCGUUGGUGAAAACGAGUCAACUCGGUUACAAGACCGAGCCUGAGCCUCCUCCUCCUCACAGCUCAGCUUCUGAUACAACGGCGGAUGAAGAUGUCGCCUUUUGUCUCAUGAUGCUCUCAAGAGACAAAUGGAAGAAGAAGAAGAAGAAAAAAACUAGUAGUCAUAAGGAAGAAGCAGAAGAGAUCGACACAGAAAGUUACAACAAAUCGAGCAAGAAAGAAAGAUUCACGUGCGAGACAUGUGGGAAAGUGUUAAAAUCAUAUCAAGCAUUAGGUGGGCAUAGAGCAAGCCACAAGAAGAGCAGAGUUUCCAACAAAACAGAGCAACAAAGCGAAACAGAGACUACAGAGUAUGAUAAUGUAGCUGUUGUUGUUGCUCCAGAGAAGAGAAUCCAUGAAUGUUCGAUUUGUCUUAGAGUUUUCGCGUCGGGACAAGCACUUGGAGGUCACAAGAGAUCACACGGAAUAGGGAACUUGUCUGUAAACCAUCAUCAAUUACAUCGAACAGAGUCAGUGAAACAGAGGAUGAUAGAUCUUAAUCUUCCUGCACCAACGGAUGAAGAAGAAGUCUCUGUGGUGUUUCAAUGA